AUGGAGAGCUUAAAUGUGUCGGAGCUCGUUCAGCGGCUGAGCAGCGAGGAAGAGUCGGUGCGCAAGAUGGCCGUGUUCAAGCUCCAGAAUGCCAUUGGCGAUCCGUCGUUCGCAGACGUCUUCAUUCAAGAAGGGGGCAUGCCCAAGCUGCGGUUCCUAGCACUGCAUUCCACAGGCAAUACCCUCGCAUACUGCCUCACAUCCCUUUCACGGUUGCUGGAGCUUGACAAGGGAUGGGACCACGUCACGGACGACCUCAUCAUGAGGAUCGUCGACCUCGUCGUCGCACAACCUCUCGUCAAUGUCAACCGCGGCGCAAUGUCUGUCCUCGCGGCCAUCGUGGGCCACCCAAAUCGUCGCACCUCGCAACCCAAUGCCACGGGGUUCCAGCGCCUGAAACCAGCCGUAGAGCAACAACCGCAGUUCCUUCCCAUGCUCGUGGAGAAGAUCGCUUCGGCUGAUCAUGCCCUUUGCGCCAAUGCCUUACAACUCAUCAACUCCCUCAUGCGGGACGCUAUUUCGAAUGGUGGAGGGUUCGAGUGGCCGCGGUUCAUAAAGCAGUUGCAAGAACUGGGGGUAAUAAAGAGCGUAUAUGGGCUUAUGCAGAGCUCGGCCAUACAGGAUUUGGCGCAACCCUUGCUGGAGUUCCAGACGUUGACAAAAGUGCUGCUGCGCAAAUGGCGAGACGAAAAGAUUGAGAUGGAGAAUCCUGAUCAUCGACGAGCUAUACGAGGCCUACAGCUUGCAAGCAAUGGAGAGAGGAUUCAUUCGGAAACCAAUUCCACUGGAAGCAGGAAGAUGACUGUUGCCAAUUGGAAGCGCCUGGGUUUCGAGACGGAUUCGCCGGCAUAUGACUUCGAGAGUACGGGGUACCUAGGGCUCAUGGAUCUGACAGACUUCAUCUACAAGAACGAAGACGGAUUUCAGAAGUUGCUGCUUGAGCAGUCUGUUCAGCCGGUGGAACAACGGUGUCCCAUCGGGCGGGCAGCCAUGGCUGUCACCUUGAUACUGUAUGAACACUUCGACGUGGACAAGGCGGACGGGGGCGAGGCGCAGAAAUAUGUGUCUCUAGAAUCCCGCACGCAGUUUGACAAAGCGUUCAAGCCGCUGCUGUUGCACUGGCCUCGGCUCCACGCCAGUGGCCUCCUGGCCUUCAUCCGUUUGUGGAAAGCUGCAGGAGCGGAAAUAGAAGAUUUCGAGAAGAUUGAAGAGCUAGUGCGCAUUCUGGUAGAGCAGGUUGUGGGCCAGGCUCCCCGAACGAGAGACAUCAAGGAGGUCGAGGAGGAGCUCGCACAGUUUGACCUCAAACGAUUACGAGACCUGCAAAUGGAGCUCUUGGAGCUGACCUAUGAAGACGCAUGGGGUCACCAUCUCAGCAGGCAAGUCCGAGAAGAGCUCAAUCACGAAGCCCUUCAAUUCGUCAAAGAACAGCGCAUCCGCUGUCUUCUUAGCGGCUCCUGGUUCCCCGUCUCCGUAAACUACAGCACCGACGCAGGGCCAGUCACCAACAAGAGCGUCAAUCGCGGCGUAGCCUCUGGGUGGCGCUAUGUCCGCCUAUCGCAUAACCGGCGAUUCCUGCACUACGCCGACUUCGACACGAAGACAGUGGCAGAGCCUAGACUAGACGCUCUGUAUAACAAGAUCGAUCUCUCCAUCAUAUCCUCGGUCGUCAGCAAUGUCUCUGCCUCAAGCCCGUCGACGGCCUCCUCGGACGAGACAGUGACGUCGCCGGAGCUCGCAUCGACAUCGACGAAAAUCACCAUCCAUGGGUACCUCCCGUCUGAGUCUCACGGCCACUCGCGGCAAACCUCCGAAGCGUCGACCUCGUCCCACAACCAUAAAGAAGUCGUGCUCCUCCAACUGCAUCCGCAAAGCCACACACUGGCCUCGGAGUGGCUGGACGGACUGCUCAUGCUGCUGAAUCAGCAGCCUAUUACUGCAGAUACGAACAAGCUUGUGAACUUGAUCAGUGGGUAUGGGCUCAAGAUUCGGUUGCUGAAUGUGAGGUUUGAGGAUGUGUCCAUGGAGGAACCGGUGUGGCCGACGAGGGAGGGGUUGGAUGAUGAUUAUUAUUAUGAUAUUGGCGGCAUGGAGGCGGGUGUAUAGAUGCGGCGUGCGUGUGGACGGAACCUGAAGCUGGCAUACAAGAGUCGGUAGGGGUUCCUGUGUUUGUUUGUGUGAGUUGGCUGAGGAAGAGGAGCCCUUUAGCCUCUUCACAGUUGAGUGUUUCGAGAAGAGAGGCAACAUGUGGGUACGGCUGGGAUCACCAGGAUUGCCGCUCCCGUUGUAAAAACGCGGCAGGGAUGGUGCACAAUGGGACUUGGAGCCGAGAGGUCGGCGCAAGGAUACAGGGUUGAGGAAUGGGCGAGUUGGGUGCUGGGGAAUAUUCUCGAACGAUUAUAAAGGGUAUAUGGGCGGCUACGUUGAACUUCAAUUCGGUCUAUC